UGAACGUUCUGACCGCCGUGGCCCUGUCCCGCCUGGCCACGAGGACCAAGAAGUCAUCAUACUGGUACCUGUUGGCCUUGACCACCUCCGACAUCCUCACCCAGGUCUUCAUCAUCUUUGUGGGCUUCAUCCUGCAGACAGCCAUCCUGGCCCGGGCGGUGCCCAGCGCCUUCAUCCACACCGUCAACGUGCUGGAGUUCACGGCCAACCACGCCUCCAUCUGGGUCAGCGUCCUGCUGACCAUGGACCGCUACGUGGCCCUCUGCCACCCGCUGCGGUACCGCGCCGUCUCCUACCCAGAGCGUACCCGCAAGAUCAUCGCAGCCGUCUUCGCCGCAGCUCUGGCCACGGGCAUCCCUUUCUACUGGUGGCUGGAUGUGUGGCGUGAUGCCGACCCCCCCACCGCCCUGGACAUGGUGCUCAAGUGGGUGCACUGCGUCACCAUCUACUUCUUGCCCUGCAGCAUUUUCCUGGCCACCAACUCUAUCAUCAUCUGCAAGCUGAAGCAGCGGAGGCACUCAGGGGGGAGCCGACCCCACCUGAGCAAGACCACAGCCCUUCUCCUGGCCGUCACCACCGUCUUCACCGUGCUCUGGGCUCCCCGGACCGUUGUCAUAAUCUGCCACCUCUACGUGGCCUCGGUCAAGAGGGACUGGCGCAUGCACCUGGCCUUGGACAUCGCCAACAUGGUGGCCAUG